UGCCCGCUGAGAAUACCACCCUUAAUGGGCUGAGCUGCCCAACUUGCUUUAUCCUUGCCUCGGAUGAGUGCGACGAGAUGGAAUCUCUGAACUGCGUAGGAGAAGACAAUCAUUGCAUAACCACAUCUGGAACCUUGACCGCUGAAGGUAUUCCUGUGGCAUUCGCUUCCAGCGGCUGCAGCUCGGCCUCGGCGUGUGCUCUGCCCCUGGAUACCAAUAUUUACUCUGCGGGAAUCACUUUUCACCUCAAGAAAAUUGUGUGCAGCCCAGCCGUGAGAGCCAACAGCCCCUAAGGGAGGCCCUGGUGAUAAAGGCCUCUGAAGAAUCCCCUAAGAAAAUCCCCCC